ACAACAAAUCAUAAAGUGCAGGCAGGGGAAGGCAGAGGAAGGAGGACGGGAGGGAGAACCGUUAGCCGUCAGCCUCCGUCUACUCCCCCUUCUUCUUCUUCUUCAUCGUGAACGUUGUUGUUGUGUUUGUUUCGUGCCCUCCUGUCCUCCCCUCUCCUCUUCUUCUCUUCUCCCCUUCUUCACCUCUCCUAAUUUCUCCCGAUGAGUUCCUAUUUUGUCAACUCCUCUUUCCCGGUGACGCUACCGGGAACGGGUGGCGGAGGGCAGGCGGCGGCGGCUGAGUCGUUCCUGGGUCAGAUUCCGCUUUACUCGUCGGGAUACGCCGCCGACCACCCGCUCAGGCACUACCCGGGGGCAGCCGCCGUCACCGCCGCCGCGGCCAUGGCAUACAGCGCCAGCGGGGGCGGCGUGCACCAGGACAAACCGUACCCGGGGUCCACCUACUACCAGCAGGCGACCAACGGAGCGUACAGCGGGCACCGUGCGGCGGCGGCAGCGGCGGGGGUCGGUGUAGGGGGCGCGACCGGAGCCGGCGCCUGCGAUUACGCCACGGCGGCAGCGGCGGCUGCAGCGGCGGCCACGAGCUUCUACCGGGACAAGGAGCACCCGUGCAGUCUGGAGGAGCACCAGCUCGUGUUAAGCCAGGACGGCAUGCACCGGAAAGCGGAGUGCGCGGGGCUCGGUGGGAAGGGGCUGUUCGGUGAGACGAUGGACGACAAAGCGUCGUCAGCGCCCAUUUAUCCGUGGAUGCAGCGGAUGAACGCGUGUAACGGGACCUUCGGCAGCCCCGGGAGACGCGGACGGCAGACGUACACGCGCUACCAGACGCUCGAGCUCGAGAAGGAGUUCCACUUCAACCGGUACCUCACGCGGCGGCGGCGGAUCGAGAUCGCGCACGCGCUCUGCCUCACGGAGCGGCAGAUCAAGAUCUGGUUCCAGAACCGGAGGAUGAAGUGGAAGAAGGAGAACAAGCUGAUCAACUCCUCUUCCUCCUCCUCCUCCUCCUCCUCGUCCACGGUGAACGGUGCAGAUGAAGAGGAGAAACGGACGGAGUGAAUUUACAGAAAAAUAAAAAACAGAAAGGGAAAAAUAAACUCACGUUAAACAGAAAAGGAGGAAGAGGAGGGUGGAGGAAAAGACAUGCUGGUUAUUCCCUUCCCCUUCCCCUCACAGAGUUCGUCCGGACGUUUGUGUGGUGUAAAAACUCUGGGAAAAUGUCGCUGUACAUUUUCAUUUCUUUCUUUUUUUAUUUUUUACCAGAGCACAGUGGACACGUUCAGAAAGAGGGACACGAUCAGAUCACCUGCUUCUGCAGGCUGCUCUGCUAACUGGAAAGCAUCAUGUUGACUCCAGAGAAAGAACCGUGUAACUGUGGGAUUCCUUCAUUAAAAUCAAGAAAGAAAACAUGAUAAGGGGUAUUUAAAUAAAGCCUCCAGUAAAUGAGUAAUCCACCACCCAACGGUGACGAGCUGCAUUCCAAGAAAACUACCCAACUUCUUCUCCUACCUACAUUUCCUUUCUUAUUUUUGUUAAAUGUACUUCCUAUGUGUCAGGCACUUGUUUUGCAGCUUUAGGACUUGACUUUCCUCCCUGUUAUUUUUGUAAAUGUGAUGUGUGUGUAUUUUACCUUCACUCUCUGGAAAACACACACGCGCAAAACGACGCGGGGAGGAAGACGCCUAUUGGAGGAGUGUAACUAUGUCAUAUUGUGUUCAUAUUUAAACUGUAUAGAAAUAAGCAAGAGGGGGGUAAGAAAAUAAAAAUAAAAAUACCACCUUGUACG